CACCGGAAGUGGAGGUAAAAACCAAGAUGGAGCAGACUGUGAACUCGUUGGAGUCAAUGUUCCAGAAAGCAGAAUCAGAUUUAACUUAUUUAUCAAGGAAGAUAGACUUUGAGCUCGGACAGAAAAACAAGGCAAACCCUGCUCAGUUAAUUGAAAAGAUAUCAGAAAUCAAAAAGGAAUAUGGAGAUUUGGUAAAGGAAGCAGCAUCUAUACAGGAGGCACAAAAGGAGGCUGUGGAGUACUUCAGAACACAGUUGAUGGCAGCAUGUCAAUUACUUCAAGCAUUGCAACAACAGACUGGAAAGCAGGAUGGUGAAAGGCCAGAGGAGCUUGAUAGAUUGGAAGCCAUUCUGGGUAUCAAACUACCAAGUAGUGCAGACAAGCCCCAGGCUGAUGGGGACCACAACACGGAAGAGGAAUCAACCAGCACUGGUAUACCCAACACAGCUCCCGAAGUACCUGAGGAACUCUCAAAACCAGCAGUUUGCACAAUUCCAGAACCACAGUUGUCUCCCUCGUCACGGCGUGCUGAUUCCUCCGAGUGUUUAGAUAUAACACAGGAGGAGUUUGAAUCUGUGUCUGAACUAAUCCGAGGCAGGUGUAAACUAGCGGACAUCAAUACUGUAUAUCGUAUACUCUGGAGGCAUUUCAAAGAAGAAAACAACAGUAAAGCACUUAAUCCAGGAGAGAUGUUCAAAAUGGGAUUGAAGGUAUCUGGUAACACAGGAGAGGCAAAACUAAAGGUUCUGCGGGCAUUGAAACUCUGCACCAUAUCAGCAAACAAAGAAGUCAAACUAGUGUAAACAGUUGGACCGAUGUUGGCCACUUGUAAUAAAUAUCAGCAAUCUCAAAUCUGUGAGAAUUCAGGUUUCUGUCAAUAUUCUUUGAUCUAGAAGGUUCAUCUCUGAUUGCAAAAGAUUUGUGCAAUGUCUGUCGUAAACAGUUUUACAACAAAACUGCAAUAGCAUAGUGAACUGCUAAUGAGAAAAGAAUCUUGUUCGAGAUGUUUCGUAGCACUAACAUUCUAAUUACUGUUUUACUUUGGAACCUUGUUUGCAUAUUGGUUCCAAUGAGGUGUUUUUUAUCUGGAAUUACACAUUUUCCAAUGUAGGAAAUUUUGUAAUGAUAUUUGAAAAACAGACCAUUCACCAUAACAAGCAUCCUGCUUGCAGUGUUACUGGAAUAGUUUUGUGCCAUAAAUGCAGACAUUUCCAUAGAAUGCUGAUCGACAGGGCCUUCCCUAACCAGGUGCCACUUUUAACAGUUUAUUAACUUAUUCACCCCUGAAAUUUCAUAAUGAAGUAUUCCAACUUUUGAAUUGGAAGGGUUCAAAUGUGUCUUCAGGGGUGAAUGAGUAAAUGUAAAUACUACAACACUAGUAGCAAUAACUAUCCUAACUGUUAGACUUCAAUUGGCAAGAAACUCAGAAUUUUCAGUUAGCAAAACAUCUGUCGGAAAUUCCGAGUAUUAAUCACUAAACUGUCACAACUUGCAAUAAAGUGACAGCAUUAGACAUUGUCAAUUCAAAAUCUAUGGAUAUUGGACUGUUGCUGAUUUUUCCACAGGAGUCAAUUACCAGUGUUAACUGAAUAGAAGGGUUACAUCUGUAUAGAAUUGCUAUUAAUUUUACAUACAUUGUAAUGUUCUUAUACUCUGACUUUGUAUAUAUUUUUUUAUGUAUUUUGUUUAUAAAUACACUGUUGAUAUUGUACAUUACAUUUUUAAGUGUUUGUGGUUUAGUACUGUAUAUAACAAACGAAAUCGGUAUUAUUUGGUUAUUAGAAAGACAAGCCAUUUGUUAUGUUGAGUGAGGUGAGGUUUUGUUCAGCUUAAAUUUCAUAUACUGGAAGAUGUAUGUAGUAAAAAGAGACAGAAAAAGAAAUAAAUGAUGC